AUGACUUAUAUCAUUAAUAUUCCUGCACCAACUAUAGCAUUUGAUCCAAACUCGACGGUUUGCAGUGUACCUUUCAUAAAUGACAGUUCAUUAAUUACUUUAAGGGAUUCGACAGUAAAUGAAUCAUUAAAGGCGUCAUUAAUGAAAAUCAUUGAUUUUAAUUCAUUCAUGAAUACAUAUAAUUCAUUCAUUAAUGUUUCAUACACUUCUAAAGAAGGUAAGCCAAAAACUAUCGAUAAAGCGGUGUAUGAAAUAAAAGCAUCAACGACGAAAUUGAAUUCGUUAACUUUUGACGGUGAUAGUUUCGUUAAUGACAUAACAUCGGGGAAAACAAUUUUAACGAAAGAAUACUUAAAAUCUCAUGUUUGUGAGUUCGUUGAAAUUGAAAAAGAAGGUGGAAUUAAGUUCGAUCCACUGAAUUUCAUUUUCAGCUUAGCGAAUGCGGGUGUUAGUUUCGCUGAAUGGACAACUAUACAGAGUGAAAUAAACGCAAUAUGGACGUUUUUGGGGUCAAAAGCUGGAAUGGGUGAGCUUGUAAAUGCUGCAAGAACAUUAGGUGAAACGGGAAAUUUUGUAGAUGGUUUUAAAGACUUGUUUCAAAUGUUUUGA